AUGUCUUCUUCGGAUGCAUUGAGUAAUACUCUUGAGAAGAGUACUCCAUCAGAAGAACCUAUAGGCACUAAUAUUCAAACUACACAAGAGGCUCCUCAAUCUCAACCUCAAGAACCCCCAACGGAUACCGCAACUACUAAUGAAGGAACGACAAACUCUACCAGUGGUGUUCAAAAGAUGAAGUUAACAUCUGAAGUGUGGAAUCACUUCAAGAUUGUAGAAAUCAUGGGAAAAUUAAAGGCUGAAUGCAAUUAUUACAAAUCGAAGCUACUUGGUGACCCAAAACAAGGCACUUCGCACUUACGUGAUCACUUCAAAAGCUGCAAGCUCCGCACCACUAGAGAUAUAAGACAAUGUAUGAUGAAGACAACUCCAACAACUAGUGGGAAAAUAGUUGUGGUUGGUGCAUAUACCUUCGACCAAAAAAUGCAAGGAAAGAGUUAUCAGUUAUGA